AUGACACCAACACGAAUUAGAAAAAUAAUUACCAGUAUUAAAGGCACAGCUCAUUUUCAACAAGCUUUCACUCACACUUCUCAUUGUAAUGAGGUUAAUAAUUUAAAAGACCCGCCCCCAAUUUUACUCCAAUCUUACGAAACCUUAGAGUUUUUGGGAGAUAGCAUCUUAAACUUUUAUACCAGCCUUUUUAUUUAUCACACCUUUCCUGAUUUUGCCGAAGGACAAAUGAGUAAAUUGAAACAGCUAAUGGUUCAAGAAAGCACCUUAGCCCAGUUAAGCCGAGAAAUAGGUUUAAAUCAGUAUCUCCAAUUAGGAGCAGGGGAAAAAAAAAAUCAAGGCCGGGACAAAAAUAGUAUCUUGGCGGAUAUAUUUGAGUCUUUUACAGCAGCUUUGUAUUUAGAAAAAGGUGGCAAGACCGUCUAUAACUUCCUCAGCCUUACUCUUUUUGCUUGGGUUAAAGUCAGCGAUGAAGGGGGGACUUUUCAAGAAAGAGGAGAAGGAAAGAGUAAAAAAGAAGCCGAACAGCGAGCCGCCGAGAAAGUAGUUAAAAAGUUAAAUAUCAGCAUUAACCGGGUUUUGGCGAGUGCUAUGUAUUAUCCCGAAGAAUAUGGAUUUAUUCCAGAAACUUUAGAUUAUGACGGUGACCCCUUAGACGUUGUUUGCCUCGCUAAUUAUCCCACUUUUCCUAGUUGCCAUUUACCCAUUCGCAUUAUUGGUGUUCUUAAAAUGAUUGAUGGCAACGAAGAAGAUGACAAAAUAUUAGCCGUAAACGCGGUUGACCCGCGACUUAAUAAUAUCCAAGAAUUAAAAGAUAUUAGUUCCGAAAAAUUAAAUGAAAUCAGUAAUUUUUUCUUUCGUUACAAGGAAUUAGAAAAAAAAAAAGUAGAGAUUAAAGGAUUUUUCGGUAAAGAAGAAGCAGAAAAAGUUUUAGAAAAAUGCCAAGCAUUAUACAAAAAUUAUCGGGAUUUACUGGAAAAAGGAAUAGAUAAAAAAGAGUUAGUAAGCGUGUUAAAUAAAGAAAGAUAA